AUGUCUGUCUUGAGCGCGGCUGCUAUCGACAUGCCGCUUCCUUGGGAGUCAGGUUCGCUUGCGGCUGUGUUGGGGGCAAGGCAUUUCCUUCCUGCGCCACUCGUACCAUUGGUGGCCGAGCAGGUUGGGGACCAGCCACAGGUGAAGGAAACGGCUCAACGAGUUAGGGCGUCUAAGGAACCUUGGAAGUCUUCGGUCGUGCAUUCUCGUGCCUGGGCGGAUGUCGAGGACGAUAAGAGGACCUCGGUGCUUGAGAUGUGGAAGCUCAUUGUACUGACUUCAGGAAGAGGGACUAAGGUAGGCCGGGAUCUUGUUAAGAUGCAGAGCGAGGGUUCCCCAGCCGCCUUGGUCGAUCAGUGCCUCCGUGAUGUGUUCUCGGCAAAGUCAACUUCGACCCUCAGGUCGAGGGCAUCCAGCCUGGCCCAGUUUUCCAGGUGGCGGGCAUCGGUCGGCCUUGACCCUGCAGUGUUUCCUCUUGAUGAGUCUGAUGCAUACCUUUACUUGUGCUUCCUUAGGACCGAGGGGGCACCCCGGUCAAGGGCGUCCAGGUUUCGAGAAGCGAUUAACUUCUCCGGGGCAUUGCUCGGGGCAGACGUAAGCGAGGUUGCUUUAUCUGCUAGGGUUCAGGGGGCCGCGAAUCCUCAAUCCCAGACCGUUGUGGUGCGCAAGAAGCGGCCGCUUACAGUGGCCCAGGUCCGUGGCCUGGAGGAGUGCGUGAUCAGCUCACCUAAUGUUUUAGCUGCAGUGCUUGCUGGCUUCGCCUUGUACUGUCUUCACGGCCGGCUGCGUUGGAGCGAUGCCCAACAUACCGAGGCUGAGCCUGUGCUUGACUUGCAUGAAGGAAAGGGUUUCUUGAAUGCUCAGUUGUAUCAUCAUAAGACUGCCAAUCGUGGGUCGCUUGCCCGCCAUAGGCUUUUGCCAGUCGCUUGUGUUACUCCAGGCUUGGCCGAGGGAAACUGGGCUGAGGCUUGGCUAGAUCGCAGGCGAAGGUUUAACCUUGUUGCCACGCACAGCCUUAAGGCUACGCUUCUGAGCUUCAUGGCAAAGGCAGCUGCGUCUGAGAACCUCAGGUCCAUUGCGGGAUAUCAUAUCAGGUCUGCGAAUUCUUCCACUCUUGAAUACUCUCGGGAUUCAAUGGCACCAUCGUUGCAUUUUCUUGAGGGCAUGUUCAUUGCUAUCAAGGGUGGCAUUUUCGCUCCAGAUUCGACCAGGGCCGGAAGGUGGACAGGGGGCAUUCGCUCCAUUGAGGAGGCUCUCCGUUUCCUGUCUGGGGUCCAGCCGGACCCACCAGACGAUCGGCCACCGCCGGUGGACGCGCCGGAAAUCGAACCUGGGGAUCAGUCAGAUCCUGAGUCCGCUGCUGAGAGUAUCGGAACGGAGGGCGAGGCUGAUGAGGCCGUUGUCUCCGCAUAUUUCUUGGGUGAGGAGCUGAACGUUUCUGCGGAGGCUGUGUUCUUGUCAAAGUGCACUCAGCUGGGGCUGCCCGAGGAUGCUCGGGGAAAGCUCAAACGAAAGGGCUGGGCCACUUUCGGCACUUUUGCAUUCUGCGUGCCAGGGGAGCCCGGAAGGAUUCCCGAUGAUGUCUUCAAAACUUCCGUUGUGCAGCCAAUCCUCGGUGAUGGGGGUGAGGAGCAUCAGGCGAAACUUAGGCGGCUCCACUUUGAGGCAUAUGCUUUGACAGCAGCUGAGCUGAAGCGGACGGCCGAGUCCACGGAGUCUGAUCAACCGCGUAAGGUCCCGGCAGAGCUCGCUGCUCGUUAUGAUGUGUUGCAAAAGCGCGUUAAGCCUCUCCGGCUUGUGGACCGCUUGGAGCCUUCGCAUGCGCUUGUGAACCUGUCAGCCCAAAUGCUUGAGGAUCAGCGGGUGCGCUACAUUGAGUGGUCGAAGUGUACCAGUCGUGCCCAGGAGAUAAAUCUUGUGAAGGAGGACGCUAGCUUGAAGCUGCUUCAGGGUGGCCGCUCAGGAUCCGUCAAGCUAGUGGAUCCCGGUGCAAAAAUCACUGCUGAUACUAAGUCUGACCUUGAGGUGAUGCAGGCCUUGCGUCGCAGAGGGGUGGCAUAUGAACUUGCUGCCAUCAUGUCGUUCGAGAGGCACGAGGAAUUGAUUGACCGACUGUUCAUGGAGUACCAACGUGAGCCCAUGGCUGGGUUUCACCCCGUCUCCUUCUCUCAACUUCAGGCUGCGGACAGGGAGGUGCAUGUUCGCAUGGGGGAGCUCACCCGAGCUGGACUUGUGCCAGGAGCGGAUGGCUCCUUGCCGCUUGACAUCCCAGUGUCUCGGGUGCUGGCUGCUUAUGAGAAGCCAGACAAGCCACCGCGCAAGCCGCCCAAAAAGACGGAUCCGUCGAAGGCGACGGAUAAGGGUCAGGGCGCCGAUAAGAAUCAGAAGGCUGAUUCCGGUGCAUCGCCGAAUGCGGCUGAGCGACCUGGCAAGCCACGGAAGACUCGCUUCGUCAUGCCAAAGGCGCUCAUCGGUGGGGUCCCCAAGGACGGGGUGGGCCGUGGGUCCGAAUUUUCUUUCACCACAGGUGCUUACACCUAUGAUCAUGGCCAGCGGCACGGCCUUCGCCAACAUUGCCGCGACUUUCCGAUGUCCACUAAGGUUCUGAAUGAGUUUAUGCGUUCGAUGGCGCCGGGCGCCUGCUACACUACACUGGCCUUGUUUCGUGAUCUUGAGACCCGUGUCCACUCAGACCACGGAAAUGAUCCCAGCCUGAUGAAUACCAUUCUGAAGGUUUCUGAGUUCAGCAACGGCGGCCUCUGGGUCGAGACGGUGGGCGGCAAGGUCCCGUGCCCGCUUCCGCAUCAAGGCCAAAGGAUGGGUAAAGUUGUCGAGUUUGCCAAUGGUGCAUUGAGCUUCGAUGCCCAGCAGCCGCACUGCGUUAUGCCGUGGUCUCGAGGACCCCGCGUGGUUCUUGUGGCAUUUAGUGUACGGAACUGGGCAAACUUGCGUCGUGCAGACUUGACGGAGUUGUCAAACCUGGGGUUUAGGUUGCCAACCUUGGGCCCUGAGGCGCCAACCCCGGCGCUUGCAGCUUCACCUGUCACCCUGUCUCCUCAGGCGAGCGUCCCAGGGACUGCGCCUGCCGCAGCGGAUCAUCCUGAUCUCAGUGGGUCAACCGUGGCUCGUGAUGUGACGGCCACUGCGCAACCUUCCUUCAUCGAGUUGUUCUGUGGCUCUGCUGGCCUUUCGGCCGAGGUGCGCAAGCUGGGGUUCCGCGUGUUGGGAGUUGAUCACAAACCCACCGCUAAGCAUGCCAAUGCACCUUUCGUCAGCUUGGACUUGCGCGACCCAGAGCAGCAGGACCGCAUUUGGGUCGAGUUGCGCCGUGCUCAGGCCGUGUGGAUUGCUCCCCCGUGUGGGACUGCUUCGAUUGCGCGGCAAAUCCCUCUUGGACGGAUCAUGCUCGAGUACAAAGUGCAAAUCUUUUGUAUGCCUUUGCCGCCAAAGUUUGGGCUUGCGGGAGUGAAGAUUCCGAGUGUGCCGGGACAAAGCUGGGAUCAGAAACUCUCUGAGGCGAGGGAAGCAGCUUUGGCAAAGUGGCUAGGGAUUCUUGAAAGGUUCCCUGACGAUUUCGGUCUUUCUCUUUCGAUUCGGCUAGAUAAGGAGAACGGGCGAGACUCUGACUUGAAGUCUUCCUUGCAAGAUGUGUUUUCUCAGAAGGCGAGCGUCACGAUCUCGGGCCGUGCUGGGCCCCUUGCCAGGUACAUCAAGCACUGCCGAAGUUGCCAGGUCAUUCCUUUCCCUGUCACUGAAGCAGGGAUCUAUGCUUUCCUACAGGAUUAUGCAUCUCACGAGGCGCCCACUUUCGCCAGGAGUUUCUUGAGCAGCCUUGCUUUUGCAAAGUUCACUGUGAGCUUGAAGGUGAGUGAUGAGGUCUUCAGCCCCAGGGUCCGUGGGCUGUCGUCGAAGCUGUAUCUUGAAAAGAGGAAGACUCGGCAAAAGCCGUCGCUCAAAGUUGAUCAUGUGCGGAAGUUGGAGGCUAUCGCUUCCGGGUCGAUCGUGCUCGAGCCUUCAGACCGGGUCGCUGCUGGCUUCUUCGUGUGGACCUUGUAUGCACGAGCGAGGUACUCGGAUGCCCAAGCUGCAGGUGCAAUGACUUGUGACUUAAGCGAUACGCCGGACGGCACAGUCGGAUACCUGGAGUCCGCUGUCGAGCGAAGCAAGACUUCGUUCUCACUGGAAAGAAAGGUCAGGUAUUUGCACAUGUUUGCUCCCAUCCAAGGUAUAGGUGAGGUGCCCUGGGGUGUCAAGUGGUUUGAGUUCUAUAAGGAGCAUGGGCCUCCUUUGGGGUCGGGCAAGCCCUUGCUUCCGAGCCCGCUCUCUGGCGGAGGGUGGCAAACAUCGCCGCUGGCGGUGGCGAGUGCCACGAAAUGGAUGAAGUCACUCUUGAUCCGUGCGGGUUGUGACAGGUCUUCCGUUGAACCGCUUGGGACGCAUAGUCUCAAGGCAACGACCUUGAGUUGGAGCGCCAAAUUCGGACUACCCCGCGAGGUUAGAGCGGCCCUAGGCUACCACGCCAGGGGCCGUGACGGGACCGAGCUCAUCUAUGGGAGAGACAACAUGUCUGCUCCUGUGCGCCAGCUGCAAGGGGUCCUGCUCGAAGUGUCGCGCGAAAGGUUCAUGCCGGACGCCACCAGGUCCGGUUACUUCGUGAAGCGCUUUGAAGAUCCAGAAGGGAUGCCCAUUCCUCCUGAUGAGGUUUUGUCGGAAUCUUCUUCCGAGGCCAGCGAGGAUGCCGAGGAUGUCGAUCAUGUAGCUGCGGAGGCGGCCACCGACGAGUUGGGAACAGAGACAGCCGUUUCAUUCAUGCUGUCGCAUCCGAAGAAGGCGACAAGUUCAGAUGUGGGCCACGAGGUGCGGAUUCGGGAGUGUUCUGAGAACUUUCAGCGAUUUGUAGGAGUUUCACUAGCUCGGCUCCUGCUCCUGACGAUGGCUAACUACUCUGAGAGUCAAUCGGUUCUGCAGUCGCGAUUGAGUGUCGUGGGUUUCGCAGAAGAUGACGUUCAGAAAAUCCUGCCAGAGGUGGGAAACUUGAGGAGGUUGGCGUUCAUUUCUUCUUUCACACCUGGCCAGACUGACGAGGGGCCGUUGAUGCAGGUGUUGAAAGACAUUUUGAAGCGAGACUUGACAAUUGCAGACAAGGCUAAUUGGCGUGCGGUCUACAAUGAAGCUUUUGCCAUUGUGACCGCGGAAAUGAAGCAGAGGAUUGAGAAGGCCGACCCAGAGUCGACCGUCAGGCCUUUGUCUCAGCCUGAGAGGUCGGAGCGGUACGAGCGGCAGGCCAAGAAGCUUGUUGGGAUUUCACUGAAAGGGCCUCUGGAGCCUGCCGAUGCACUUGUUGAUCUUGCUGUGGCUUCCUAUGAGGCAAAUGAGCUGAGGUACAUUCCGUGGGACCGGUGUGUGUCCAAGGAAGCUGAACUGGCUGGCGAGAAGAAACGCGAUGUCAGGUUCACUGUUGAGGAGUCUUCGGGAAAGCUUCGGAUCGAGCACAAACAGCCUGAUCUGGUUGCGGAUACUUCAUCGGAGAUUCUUGUUCAGCAGGCUCUCACCAGGAGAGCUUUGGCCAUGGAUCAGGCGAACCUGAUCGAGUUCAGUGUUGCUGAUAAGUGGACUCAACGCUUGAUGAAGGCCCGCAUGCAAGCGCCUGCGGAGCAUUUUGCCAGGCCCACUUGGAAGCAACUUGAGUCGGCGGAUCGGCAGCUGUUUGCCGAGCUUCGUGAUAAGACCAGGGCAGGAGUGCAGACCGUCGCAUCGGGUCGCCCGUUGGACACACUUCUGCCAGAUGCGAUGUACAUGAACGAAGUGUCAUGUUUAUUGCAACCUUUUCCGGCCCCUGCCCUAAAGGAUGUUCCCCAGAAGCCGGAUGCUCCCAAGUGGGAGAGGCCUUCUCCUUACAACAAAGGUGGAGGCAAAGGAAAGAAAGGUAAGCAGAGGUUCAUGACAAGGUUGCCCGCCGGCCUGGAGGGCUGCAGGUCUCACACCAAUCGUGGUGACCCAAUCUGUUUUGCAUUCAAUCUGGGAGGAUGCCCUACCAAAGGGCAGAAGUGCGAGAAAGGCCUGCACAUUUGCGCAGUGCCUAAGUGCGGUGCUCACAACCAUGGUGCAGCGCAGUGCCCAAAGCGGGCUCAGGGUGGCUCGUGA